AUGCCUCCGACGCAGCCCCGCGAGAGCGAGCUCACGCGCACCGAGCCGCUUCGCUUGUACCAGUUGAUCCGUGAGCCGAGUAGCACUGGUGUCUCUACCACCCAUCCUGGCAGAACCAGCGUGUCUAGCUCGACACGCACUCUCGACUCGACUUUCUCCACGGACACACGCGCUCGCCGUGUCCCCCUCUGGCAAGGAGGUCGCCGCAGACGUGUACCGGGCAGUACUGCUGAUGCCGCCAUCCCUACUCACCGGAUGGGCAGGACUGCUCUGCACCGCUCCAACACCUUCCGCAACUGGGACGGCUCGGUGCCGGAGCUCGUCCUCCGUGACUCCAGCCAGCGCAUGAGCGCAGUCGAGCUUGAGGCACGUUACCAAAGCUAUCUGCAGGACCACACCCCGGCUGUCACAUUCCCUGUCGCCUCCUCCAAUUCCUUACCGCAGACCACCUCCGCCAGCGUCAACAUCCUGCACCCAGACCGGCCCCCAUAUCUCCCCCCGAUGCGUUGGACCAACAAUAGCGACGAAGGAAACGGCGCACGGCGGCAAUACGGCCGUUUAAUGUCCAUUCCCUUCUCGCCUCUCCGCGACGUAGUGGGACAGCUCGAAAGUGCAGCUGUCGGGCACACACGGCCCCCCGACCUGGCCGACUUUGUUCACCCUGAGUUUUCUUUUACCCAUCGCGGCGUGCCGGACCUGGCCGUCUCUGACCAUGAACUGAGCGAGGUCGAGCAACAGAGGAUGCGGCAGACGGUAGACCCCUACUCGUUGCCGCUCACUUUCCCAUUACUUCCUUCUCCCCGUUGCCUCCGCGCCGAGUCCAUUCCUACUGCUCUUCGUUCUCACUACGGCUCUAUUGCUGCGGGGUCUGAGCCGGCUUUCAACUUACCGUGGUUCACGCCUGGCCCCUAUUCUGAGAUACCCCCGCCCUUGGUGCGCUCCGGGCCCCUUGUGGACUCCUCGGAAGCGUUGUCUGGCACCUCCCGCGCGGAGGCCCGCGCUUGGCUGAGGCUCGGGGAGCGCCACGCUGACCGCCUCCGUGCCCUCGUACAUCCUCGCACCUCAGCGGAGCAGGCACGUGCCGACACGGCCCGCUCCACCGCGCCGUACCUCUACGCAGAGAGCCUGGAGAUCAUCGAGGGGCUGAUUGGCGCGAUAGAGGGCGUACUCGAUUCCGACACAAUUUUGGUAGACCAAACUCUCGAGGCGGCUACCGAGAGAGCCGUAACCGAGACGGAUAGCGACGAUGGGAGCCUGCCGCCGCCGGAGAUUGGCGAGUGUGACGGUGACACAGAGGGGAACAACCUGGAUUACCAUUGCUAUGCUCGCUGGAUCGCGCAGGGCUGGCGGUGCUACUUCUGCCGGCGCGAGAUGUAA